CAGAAACCAAGUUCCCCGGCAACUAGCAGCAUCCACCGGGCUGGAGGUCGGAGGCAGCAAGGCCCUAAAGGCUACUGAGUGCGCCGGCGGUUCCGUGUUCAGAGCGUACCCUACUCCUCCGCCUUCUCUUGCUUGGCUGCCCACCUCUAAGUUCUGACUUGGGUUUUCGCCUUUGCAAAGCCUAAGGAGGAGGUUAGGAACAGCCGCGCCCCCCUCCCUGCGGCCGCCGCCCCCUGCCUCUCAGCUCUGCUCCCUGCCGCGUGCGCCUGGGCCGUGCGCCCCGGCAGGCCCCAGCCAUGUCGAUGCUGCCGUCGUUUGGCUUUACCCAGGAGCAAGUGGCAUGCGUGUGCGAGGUUCUGCAGCAAGGCGGAAACCUGGAGCGCCUGGGCAGGUUCCUGUGGUCACUGCCCGCCUGCGACCACCUGCACAAGAACGAGAGCGUGCUCAAGGCCAAGGCGGUGGUCGCCUUCCACCGCGGCAACUUCCGUGAGCUCUACAAGAUCCUGGAGAGCCACCAGUUCUCGCCUCACAACCACCCCAAACUGCAGCAACUGUGGCUGAAGGCGCAUUAUGUGGAGGCCGAGAAGCUGCGCGGCCGACCCCUGGGUGCCGUGGGCAAAUAUCGGGUGCGCCGAAAAUUUCCACUGCCGCGCACCAUCUGGGACGGCGAGGAGACCAGCUACUGCUUCAAGGAGAAGUCGAGGGGUGUCCUGCGGGAGUGGUACGCGCACAAUCCCUACCCCUCGCCGCGCGAGAAGCGGGAGCUGGCGGAAGCUACUGGCCUCACCACCACGCAGGUCAGCAACUGGUUUAAGAACCGGAGGCAAAGAGACCGGGCCGCGGAGGCCAAGGAAAGGGAGAACACCGAAAACAAUAACUCCUCCUCCAACAAGCAGAACCAACUCUCUCCUCUGGAAGGGGGCAAGCCGCUCAUGUCCAGCUCAGAAGAGGAAUUCUCACCUCCCCAAAGUCCAGACCAGAACUCGGUCCUUCUGCUGCAGGGCAAUAUGGGCCACGCCAGGAGCUCAAACUAUUCUCUCCCGGGCUUAACAGCCUCGCAGCCCAGUCACGGUCUGCAGGCCCACCAGCAUCAGCUCCAAGACUCUCUGCUCGGCCCCCUCACCUCCAGUCUGGUGGACUUGGGUUCCUAAGUGGGAAGGGACUGGGGCCUCGAAGGGAUGCCUGGAGCAGCAACCACUGCAGCGACUAGGGACACUUGUAAAUAGAAAUCAGGAACAUUUUUUGCAGCUUGUUUCUGGGGUUCUUUGCGCAUAAAGGAAUGGUGGACUUUCACAAAUAUCUUUUUAAAAAUCAAAACCAAUAGCGAUCUCAAGCUUAAUCUCCCUCUUCUCUCCAACUCUUUCCACUUUUGCAUUUUCCUUCCCAAUGCAGAGAUCAGGGGAUAAAAAAAUAAAAUAAUAAUAAUUUUAAAAAACCCAAACAAACAAAAGCACCCAGGCACCCAGUCUCAGUUCUGGGCAACUGAUACGCCUGUGUCAGCAGUCUUUCUUUUUUUUUUCAAUGAACGGGAAUUACAAAUCAACUGGAUUUUCAUUAUUUACUUUUAAUUUAUAUAUGGAGAAAUGUGUUGUGAAGAGGAAAAGGAAAUGGAGAGAGAAAGAGAAAGGGAGAUAAAAAUAGUGAAAAUAAGAGCCUCCAGGCUCAGAAGAACUGAUUACAUUCUUAAGGUGAAUAGGAAAAACACAAUCUAUGACUUUGAUGAGGAAAAAUUAAGUUUACAUUUUUCAUAUUUAGUGUUAAACAAUUUAAUGUAGAUUAAAAGAACAGUAUUAGGAGGAAAAAACAAGUGCCUAAAUGUCUUAAUGCUCUCUAUGUGAGACAGAAAUAGACGUGACCGUUAGUAAUGCAACUAUUUUUGUCAAAUUUAGUGGGAUUUUUUGGUUGUUGUUUGUUUUCUUGGGUUUUUUUUUUUUUUUUAAUGACAAACUCUAAAAAUGUACCAAUGUGAAAAAACACUUUCCUGAAUGCCAUUACUCAUGCCCUCAAAGCUUUCAUAUCUGUAGCCUACUCCUGUUAAGGGUUUCUUCUGUUUCUAGUUUCUAGUUUGCAAAGGUAUGCCAACGAAUCUGGCAACCUGGUAUUUGUUACUAAAACAGCAUGUGUUUUCAGGUUUCUUUUCUAUUGUACCUAAAGCAGUCUAAAUUAAAACUUAGUAGAACACCAGGAGUAUGAUUCUGUUUCUGAAAGGUGAGUGGUGUAUUGCUAUCAUUGGGCCCUAUUUAAAAAAAAAAAUACUUUUUUUUCUUUCUUACUUAAUGGUGGCUGUGAAUUGCAGGGUACUUUGAAGGCCAUCAUCUGAACCAAGAGUAGUAACUAGAUUAAUUAUAUGACAGAAAGAGUGAAUUUAGCCUUGGGGUAUUUAUUAACUUUUAUUAUUUAGAUAUGCAAUUUUGUUUACCACUAUCUCUUCACAGCAUUCAUAUGUUAACUAAGCUCUUUUGUGUUAACAAGUUUAUGACAAGACUGUGAAAGUAAAAAUAAUUUAUCUGCUUGAAGACAAAAAAAGGGAAGGAGAACAGGGAUAGAAACAUUGUGAAUUAAUUUGUACAAAUAGAAAGCAGACCAGAAGGACAGGAGCUCUUUUGCAGUGCUGCCGGAUAGUGUCUAGAAAAAUCCCAGUAAUCAUGUAGGCUCCAUAUUAUUUUUGCCUGAGGCGAAAUGAUGUAUCUUCUGUAUUUAGCUUUUAAAAUUAGUGAAACAAAUGGCAUUAUUUAUUAAAAUUCUACUCAGGAUAACAGGA